UCGUUCCGUCUCCAGGCUGUGCCGCUAGUGAACCCGGAUGUGAAACUGUUCUGCUGUUGCUGUGGAGGAAGGGAAGGUGGGUCUUCGUCAGAACGACCGGCGUGGGAGAAUUAACAUUUAUAUUUCAAAGAGAUGUUAAGCUUCUUCCGAAAGAGUCAGGAUCCCAAGAAGAUACCAGUGACAUGUAAAGAAGCAGAUGGUUUUGUUCUUCUGGACAAUACAGUUAAUGAAGAAAGGAAUGGCUCUACAGAUAAAACUUCAUUGUACGUGACUGGAUCUGAAGGGGAUCAGGCUUCACAGACAAAUUCAGGCGCUCAGUCAAAGUUGACAGACACCGAGGUGGACACAGAAAGAAUUCAGAAUGUGGAAGGCAGUUCUUCUACAUUGGAACUUCUCAGCGAUAUACCUUUCACUCUUGCACCACAUGUCUUGGCAGUACAAGAUACCUGCAAUGACUUCUCCAGACAUUUGCUUGCUUGUGAUGUAAAUGACAAUCUAACAAGAUUUUGGUAUGAUUUUACACUAGAAAAUUCAGUGUUGUGUGAGUCAUAGUUGGGUCAGUUAAUUUAAAUAUGCACUUUGAUCGUUUGAAGUAGUAUGUGCAGGUGUAACAUGUUAAGUAGUCCUGUUUCUCUGUGGCGUACCAUCUGAACAGUGUCUAGUUAAACAUUAAUAUUUCCCAUCCUUUAUGAUGUUCCUACAAUGUUGUAAAGUACCUAAUCUGGCAGCUCUGCUACAAUAAAUAUAAUUUGCACUCCUUUACAGCAAUCUAGCAGGCAUUUUCUUUCAGUCUGAAAAUGCUAUUCCCAUUAUUAACAUUAGUUUAGAGUAGGCUUUCACAGCCUAUUUACCCAAGAGGAAUUCUUGAAAUAAUGAAAUAAUGUCCUAGUCUCAGGUAAUCCCUGCAUAGAAUUACUGUAUCUAUAGCUAAAAACAAUAUUUGCCUGAAGUUUACAGGAUAGUUUACUUUACACCAUUUUAUGAAUCCAUAUCACUGUUGCAAAGUGGAAUCAAAUUCUAAUAAUAAAAAUGUGAAAAUGUAUAUCCGGGCACUAGCAAGAGUUCUUCAAUGAACAUUUGGCACUUUUGAUGCACAACAAGUACUUCCAUUUUGCUUUAGCACUUCCAGAUCUUAGCCGGUGUCUGAAUGUGCACUGUAAAGCACUGCAAGGCACAUUUGUGUAUGAAAUCAUAAUGCAUCAGUCACUUCACAGGCUAUCACUGUGCAAUGGAUGCCUGUAUAUUGUAAUUACAUGAUAGCCCUUAUGUGAGUAUGAGCCUUGUGAAACUAUUCAUUUCAGUUUUGUGCAUGUGUGGCUAUUUACAAAGAUGUAACCUCAAACAGAAUACCUGCGUUUUUCCUCCCUCCACUCUCCCCCAAUUAUAGUCAACACUCCGGUUCCCAGGAACCCUGCUUGAGGAACCCUGGUUUACAGUUUAUAUUUUCUGAAGGGGAGAUAUCACAUAUUAUAUCACAUAUGAUUGAACUUUGAUUUUAUAAAUGGACAGUGUGCAUGUGAUGGUGAAUAGAACAGUCAGUUUCUUUGAAACAGCCUUGAAAUGCUGUCAACAGUAAAUAAAAUUAAAACUUAACGAAUUAUCUGCAACUCCAUAUGCAACUGAUUUUGUAUAUCCAUGGUGCAAAAUGUGUUGCAGCCACAUUACUGUCUCUGGUCUUGGGGUUUUCAGACAGUGUUUCAAGAAAACGUAUGCAGUUUUACAUUAGUUUUUUACUUUUAUCCCUACAUAUGUUCCUGAUUUAGCUUAAUUAAUUUUUCCAUAGCAAACCUCCAUCGUUACUAGAAACAUUCAAAUCUGUGGGUGUAUUGAUUACGACUCUUCAUUUUUCAGUGAAGGAUGGAAAAAGUGAUUUAGCUAUCUGGGAUUCAACUGUUGAGAAACAUCAGAUAGUUUCAUGUCCACUAGAUUAGAUAGUGUCAUAUUCAUUUCAGAUCUCUUCAUUUCAUUUAAUUCUCUGUUGAACUUUUCUCAUUGUGAAGUAUAUGAAUAACUCUUUAUUAUAUGAAAGAUUUCUUCUUCUUUUUUCAAGGUGUUAGAUGAGGAAAGGAUAUACUUGUACUGUGCCAAAGACAAGGCUCUUAGAGGAAAUGUGCAACAUGUGUAUUUAAAAGCUUGAAUUAUGUUUUUCCACUUUAAUUUUCUUUAGUUUCAGAAUAAAUGCAAUAGAUGAAAAUAUAUAAUAUAUAUUAAUUUCAGUUUUAAAAACGUAAGAUUAAAAAACAUGUGUGUUGAAUAAAAGCUAUGUUUAAAUGUGUUCUCCCUUUGGAUAAUAGUGUCUUUACAUGUGAAGUUUCUUUCUAUGUUUAUUUGACAACAUGUCAUAGGACUAUAAUAAAAUUAGUAAAUGAGAGAUUAUUUGUUUUUACUAAAUGAAACAUAUCUCUUAAAUAAUCUUAUUUGUUACAAAUUCUGUUUUAUGAUGAAAGUCUAUCAACAGCAAAACUGCAAAAGGUAUGGUAGGGUAGCUUUUUAUUUACCCAAAGGAAGGAAAUCAACAUUAUUAUUAGGCAGGUGUAAUGUAUUCUGCAUUUCCUGGCAAGUGGGGAGCAUUAUCCCUCUUUAUCUGUGUUGUAUAUUGAAUUAAUUAGAUUUAGCAUGAAAUCAAUCAUAGUUUGGCCUCUUCAAAAAUGAUACUGCCUCUAUUACUAGAUUUAACCCAUGGAUGUUGCUUUAGAAUUAUUUUGUUGCAUAUGUACAUGUUAUUGUUGUUGUUGUUGUUCAUUCGUUCAGUCAUCUCCGACUCUUCGUGACCUCAUGGACCAGCCCACGCCAGAGCUCUCUGUCGGCCGUCAACACCCCCACAAAUAUAAAUGCCCACACAGAAAACAUUCUAUUAUAAUUUCCAUUAUAGAUAAGACUAAGUUUCAUAGUAUAUUAUACGAUUCCAGUUCCUAUAAAAUUAAUUUGUACAAUGAAUAAAUUGUUAAGUUGCUCUUUGGAUUGUAGCUUUGGAUUGUGUUGCUUGAUGUGAAAUGCAUUGUUAAUGUAUUUUGUAAAAAUAUGACAUAAAUGGAAAUACAACACAUUAAAAGGAACACUGUGAAAUUUC